AAAUUUCAUCGACCUCAGUGCAACCGUUUGACCUUGACGAAUUUUUAAGUGGCAUCUUUUUCAGGUUACCCUGAAUAUGUAUACCAUUAGAAUAAAUGAACUCAUUUUUUUUGUCCUCUAUUUCGGAAUUGAAAUGAUCGGAAAUAUCAAUAUGCAGCAGGAACCAAGAUCAAUCUACUGUUCCAGAAGAUAGUAGCUUCAGAAGAGCCUGCCGAAGCACUAAAAAAAUUAGCAAGUUUAAAGCUAUCCAGAGCACUUCUCUAUCGCCAAAUACACGACAGGAUGCAACCAAGCGAUCGUGUCUUCGACCUAUAACUGCGUCAUUAACUCCCUUGACGGACUUACACCCUAUAAUUCCUGAAGUUGACAAAGCCACAUCCCCUGAAUUUGCUCCUCGAGUUCCAGGCGUCGGCGUCGGCAUCGUCCGCUCAAACAACCAAUUUGUGGGCUUCUUCUCAGGCAUAAGACGCUAUAAUGGAAGUUUAACAAUAUCUAGUUACCGGAUUGAAGGUACUCUGCAACAGCGAUAACCGUGUGCCCAAACUAAACAGAGUUCUACUCGAACCUAAUAAAACUCUUGAGCAAUACGGCAUACUUAUCCACUUCUCCAGUUUUACCGAAUCUAAUUCCAGAAAGUUCAGUGAUGAAGUAGAGUGCCUCCAUUAUGUAUCUGCGAUAUCACAAAUCAACUUUUGCCAUUUGUGCCUUCCUCUUUUGGAUCAUUGACGGCCACAAUGUGAAAGUCAUCAGGCAAGAUAUAGCAGAAGAAACUCAGCAUGCAAUCUGCAACAUAUCUACCAAGGAUGUUCAGACUUCAGCCAACGCUUCAGUAACUAGGCAACUUAAAGGUGUUUGUACUUCAAAACAACUGGGCCUCUAUUUCAAAAAACUCGAAUUGAAGAUCUCCCACGAAUUUCAAAGCAUUAAAAAAAUGUUAAUUCGAACAUAUGGUGAAAAGAUUGUUGAAGCUGAUGAUGAUACAGAUAUUUCCAAAUCUCCACUAAAAUAUUCACCUUUGAAGGCACCACCACAAGAAUUUAUGGAAGAAUAUGGGGAUAUAGAGGAAUCUUUGCCAAUUUUCUCUUCUUACAAAACAUUAAGAACCACCAAUGACAACGAUGAUGAUGAAGAACCUAUUUUUCACUCGGUUCAACAGAAAACCGAGAAUUUGGACGAGUUGCUUCCUUCAGUUCAAAGAAAGAUGGACAAUGAAUCUGUAACCAUUGUGGAUAUGAAACAAAUAAAGAAUUUGAACGAUACCAUACAGAAAAGAUUGAAAAAGAACAUUUAUUAUUAUUUUUGGGCGGUUGAAAAUUUCAAUAACCUAAUGAAAAAAACUGAUAUGUAUGUAACGAGUCCAUCAUUCAUGGUUCUAGGGCAUGACCUAGUCAUUCAGGUAUUCCCGAAUCAGCCGCAGAAAAAUUACCUCACGAUUAAACUGAGAACCACCAACAGCUUCGUGAAAAAACAUAAAUUUUCGAUUUUGACAAGAACGACAACUGGUAAUAACAUAAACAGCCUUGUUUUGGGAACUGACCCAAAGGGAGGUGAAAAAUUUUCUGUACCACUGAGAUCAAUAAAAAAUUUUGAAUGUAUAAAAGAAGAUAACAUCAUAAUUGAAUUGAACAUUUUUCUGUGAAAAAUAUUAGGAAUGUUUACCCCGCGUUAUUUCAAAGACCCCACCAAAUAAUUCAUACAGUACCUAAAAAUAAUGGAGUCGAGAUCAAAUGGGUAUUCUAGUAUCCCUGUAGUGGGCGCCC